CAUCGCUCGGCAGUCUCCGCACCCCACAGCUGACUGGGCCAGCGCGCGAGCGAGAGGAGCAUGCGCGGCGGGCACGCGCGCGACAAGGACCGCGCGGCGCGCAACUCGCAGCGCCGCCAUUUACUUCUUUUCAGUGCUCCUCGGCCCCCGUCGUAGUGACAGUGUAUUUCUUUUAUCACUAAGCGCAGAGCUUAUUCGUUUUAAUUGUGAAAUUCCUAUAUUAAUUUGUUUACAAAUGUUUGGAAAAGUGUAAUUUGUGAAUGUGCAAUGGAGUUGAAGUUAAACAGGUGAAGGUACGAGCCGUUCGUUCGAGCAUGGCUGGCUUCAUCGCAUCUGUUGUCAACAUAAAAUAACGUGGAUUAUGCAAGUUGGAGUAAAAUGUGGACGAGUGUUAGUAAAUAAGACUAUGAGGGUUGUAAUAUAAUGCAGCGGCUGCACAAAAUAUUAGCGCUGGCAAUAAUUUGCACAGCAGUGGAGGCGCAGCAGUGCCCCUCGGGCUGCGCGUGCGACAGCAGCCGCGUGUCGUGCCACGGCGCCGCCGCGCCGCUGCAGCGCCUCGGCCGCAACUACUUCUCGCCCUUCGGCGCGCACCUCACGCGCGUCUCCUGGACCAGCUCCAAGCUCAACAAGCUAGAGAUAGACGUGUUCGACGGACUCAACGACUUAGAGUACAUCGACCUCAGCAGAAACGAAAUCACCAGAACAGAACACGGCCUCUUCGCCAGACUGACCCGGCUCAAGUCUCUCAACCUAUCGCGGAACUUCAUCGACGAUAUUCCCCGGUUCACCUUCGCCGAUUUAGAAAAUCUAGAGGUCCUAGAUGUGUCUCAUAACCGGCUUCACGUUAUACCAUUCCAGGUCUUCGGGCCGAUGAUCAGACUCCAAUAUUUGGAUAUAUCGCAUAAUCAAAUAGCUACUUUCUUAGAUUACUAUUUUAAUCCUAAUAGACAACUGAAAGCACUGUUCCUAAAUAAUAAUAGCCUAGUCAAAAUUACGUCUAAUGCUCUAGUCAACCUGAAGGAAUUGGAGACACUGGACAUCUCUAGCAACAAACUAGACUACAUACCCAAGUCUUUAUUCGAUAACUUCGAACAACUGAGAGAGCUGAAUCUAAGUUCAAACCAGUUCCAGAACAUAUCACAAGAUGCUUAUAAGAAUCUGAAGAACUUGCGGUGGCUAAGCAUGGGCGGCAACCGGCUGCGGACUCUGCCGCCGAUGCUCUUCCAGCAUAACGAAAAUCUUAAAACGAUCUACCUCGAUCACACUGAACUAGCAGUUAUACAAAAUACUAACUUCAAAGGCUUAAGUACUCUACAGCAAUUAUACAUAAGAAAUAACGAAUUUUUACGAGAAAUAGAAACAUUUGUAUUCCAAGACACGCCAAGCAUCACGGAACUGGACCUGAGUUCAAACGCGCUACUAUCCCUGCCUAAAUCUCUAACAAUGUUGAACAACCUGCAAUCACUGAAGCUGGCCAACAACCCGUGGGCGUGCGACUGUCGGAUGGCAUGGUUCGCCGGCUGGGCCGACAAGAGGAAAGAAAUCAUUAAAUCGGACCUGAGUUGCCCGCUCACCUACCCUAACGAUAUGAUAAGAAUAUUGAACCAUACCAAUUGUAAACCACCAACGCUGGUAUCGAGCAGUCCGCUAACCCUGUACAGAUUGCAGAAGAAUGCUCUACUAGAGUGCAAAUUCGCGGGUAACCCGAUGCCGUCCAUAACCUGGAUCACGCCUACGAGGAUGGUGUUCCACUGGAACCCAGAGCCGCUGAUCCCGGAUAUAUUCCACAAGCACGGGGUCGCCCACGAUCAGUAUUACCGCGCCAUUGAUAACUCCAAAUCGAGAGUGAGAGUGCUCGACGACGGGUCACUGUUUAUAGGAGAUAUACAUAGAGAAGACUGUGGAACUUACUUAUGCUUUGCAUCGAACCCUUCAGCAAACCUGACGGCGGAGGUCGUGCUCAACAUAGAUCCCAUGACUAUGUUCGAGAUUAAAAUGUACAGUUUACUGUGCGGCGCGAUCUGCGCUGCGGCCUUCUUAGGACUUACGUUAUUUAUUCAGUUCCUGCGCUAUAUAUUUUUCAGAUUCCGUCUGAUGGAGACGUGUUGCAGCUGCUGCACGUGCGUGAGACGCGACGCGCCGCGCUCCAGACAGAUAUUUAGCAUGUUAGACAACAUCGAGCAAUACAAGAGACAACAACUAGAGAAACUACGAGAAAAUUACGCAGUUCAAGUUCAUCGCAUUAAAGAGAACUGUACGCAACAAAUGGACUGGAUACAGAACAGUUACUCUACACAAGCAAGCCAUUUACGAAAUAUUAGAGACAUCGGUAGCAACCAUUUGAGUGCCAUGAGAGACCAGUAUUAUGAUCAGAUCGCACAGGUGAAGCGGGUACGCGAGUACUCCACGAGCCAGCUCAAUUGGGUGCGAGAGAACUACGUGUUCCAAAGAAACAAAAUCCGUAAGUUCAGUGCGCACCAGGUGCUGCGGCUCCGAGAGUCGUACAAGUAUCAGCAGCAAACACUCAACAAGGUGCUGGAAAACCUGCCGAGCUUGUACUUUGAGAACUGCCGGAGCGGCUCCUGCGGCAGGAGCGACUCCAUGGCCUUCGAUCCCGACGUAGAGGUCAUCGACAUGUACCUCAAGACGAAGAUCGAGAAGCUAUCCAACCUUCCGAGCCCGAUAUUUGAUGAGGAGAGCAAGAUCUCCGUGUACUACACGCCGACAGAGCGGUCGGUGAACUCGCGGCGGAACUCGCCGAUCCCGGAGGGGAUACACAUCAACAUGAUCGAGAAGGGCCCGCCGCGGCUGCUGGCGAUGAUCAAGCCGCUGCAGACGGAGGCGGAGGCGACGCCGGGGCUGCCGUCGCCGGGGCCGCCGUCGCCGCCGGGCUCGCCGUCGCCCACCACGUCGAAGGGCGCGCGGCGCUCGCGCUGCGACGAGCCCAAGCCGUCCAGCGAGCCGCUGCUGGGGCGCGGCGCGGUGGCGUUCGAGCGGGGCCGGCGGCGGGUGACGCUGCCGGCCAGCGCGAGCUCGCCGGAGCUGCGCGGCGCGGCGGCGCACUGCGCGGCGCGGGUGCUGCUGGCGGUGGAGCUGACGAAGGCGCCGCUGGGCGAGGGCGGGCCGCCGCCGGACCGCCGCUUGUAGUACCGGCUGCUGACGCGCGUGUACAAGAUCUACGCCGUCUCCGGCCGCCCUCUCGCGCGGCAGCGUCUGCCCGACGUGCAACUCUGUGAUUUCGGCGGCGGAUCGCCUUCCUACGUCUGAUAGUGUUCGUGAAUCGGAACAUAUCUUGCCGGAUCGUUUCCAAUGUCAAUAAUAUUGUAAGGUUAGCAUAGUGUGAAGGGACCGUUCGAUAGCUCGGGCGUCGCCGCCGAUGCCGCUUGUACUUCUAAGUAAGCUGUGAUAGACUAGAUUUGAAUUUAGCGACAAUUUAAUUUCGUACUGUCUCUAGUGGUAGGCGAUAAGGAGUAUACUGAAACGAUCUGUUCUAAUCGUUCGUAGUAGUGAAUCGAAUGAACCUGUUUAAUUAAGCAUUCUGUGGGUAUUAGAACUUGUAAAUAAUUUCUGUUUGUUUCAAUCAUUUUCCAUUUUGAUGUAUUUUUAGGGUAAACUCUUAGAGUAAUGCAUUUUAUAUUGUUCAACUUAAAGUGAGGUAUAAGAGUUGUUACUGUACUUGUUGUAAUUGUUGCGCGGUCACUGUGCUGGCGUAUCGCGGGCUCGCGGGAUGCCGACGCUCACGCCACAUCAACUGUCUGUUAUCGUCAACUAUUCCUUAUGAUAUUUAUAUAUUUUGUGACUGUCCUACAGAAUGUACAGCAGAGUCUUGCAGUGAUAUGCCAAAAAUACAAUCCAGCAAUGAUUAUAUUAUAUAACGUUUCUUAAUAUAAAAUAUACAAAUAUUGUUGAAAAUUUUCUAAAUAUAUAACAAGAGUAAAAACCGCUAAUCAUGGAGAAUAAAUUAUUUUUCAAUGUA